AUGGUCCACGCCGAUGCGUCCAACUUUGCCGAGGGCGUCACCAAGGAUGAUGCCUAUGAGCAGGUGCUGUUGCAGGCCGAAGGGCUCUUUUACGGUCAACGCAACUGGGUUCCCUCACUACUAUGGCAUGCCUACAAGUCGCUUGGCGCCCCAAGCAAUGAAGUAAACUGGGCAGGAUUCUAUGUGCUGGAUCCCACGAAACAGGACCAGCUCAUUCUGGGACCAUUCCAGGGCAAAGUUGCCUGCCAGACGAUCCCCUUUGGACGAGGCGUAUGCGGUGCUGCUGCCGCCACCAAGACCACGCAACUAGUCGAGGAUGUGGAGAAGUUCCCCGGCCACAUUGCGUGUGACAGCGAGAGCAAGAGCGAGAUUGUGGUUCCCAUCGUAUCGGGCGAUAGAGUCGUCGCAAUCAUUGACGUUGACUGCGCCGUCCUGAAUGGAUUUGACGAGACGGACAAGAAGAACCUGGAGCAGCUUGCGGAGCUUCUGGCCAAGGGAUGUGAUUGGUAG